UCGACCCCUCUCUCUCCGCAACAAUUUCUCGCUCGCCCCUGUCACUAUCACAAAUCAUUUUUCUUUUCUUUCUCCUCUCCUCUCCUGCCCUCCCCGGCUGUCCGGCGUUCCAGAUUCACACCACGGCGCCCGCCACUUGCCAACAACUACCUUUCUUUUCCCCUCGCCUUUCCUCGCGGCAACCAAGAGCAGACACGGACGGACGGAGGGAAUGGACGCCGCCGAGCUGCCCCUAGUGUACCACAUCGGCCUGGUGCUGGCCGCGCUGUGGGCCGCCGGCUCCCUCGGGUGGCGCCACUCCUUCCUCUUCCUCCUCGCCUUUCUCUACCUCUGCAUGGUAAACGCUCGCUGUGCAAUGAGACUGCGAAAGAGAAUACAACAUGAGGAAAUGAAAUCUGCCUACCAACGAAGACUCCUUUCUGAUGCAGAAUCAGUACGCUGGUUAAAUCAUGCGAUCAAAAAGAUGUGGCCUAUCUGUAUGGAGAAGAUCGUUUCACAACUUUUACGGCCCAUCAUACCAUGGUUCUUGGAUAAGUUCAAGCCUUGGACAGUUAGCAAAGCAAGUAUUCAGGAGCUUUACAUGGGUAGGAAUCCACCAAUGUUUACCUCGAUGAGAGUCCUACCUGAGACAUCAGAUGAUGACCAUUUGGUUCUUGAGAUAGGAAUGAAUUUUCUCUCUGCUGAAGAUAUGAGUGUUGUACUUGCGAUGCAGCUGCAUAAGAGUGUGGGACUUGGAAUGACCGCAAACAUGCAUUUAACUAGCAUGCAUGUCGAGGGAAAGAUUUUAGUUGGCGUGAAGUUUGUACGGAGUUGGCCAUUUCUUGGCCGCAUAAGACUAUGCUUUGUGGAGCCGCCUUAUUUUCAGAUGACUGUGAAACCACUCAUUAAUCAUGGACUUGAUGUCACUGAGUUUCCAGGAAUUUCAGGAUGGCUAGAUAAGUUGAUGGAUACUGCAUUUGGGCAGACAUUAGUUGAGCCCAAUAUGCUUGUCAUCAAUGUGGAAAAAUUUGCAUCUACUCCUUCAGAAAAUAACUGGUUCAGCAUUGAGGAGAGGCCUCCUAUUGCAUACGUGAAGCUUGAGAUUUUAGAAGGAACUGACAUGAAACCAUCUGAUAUAAAUGGACUCGCUGACCCUUAUGUGAAAGGUCGUCUUGGUCCUUUCAAAUUCCAAACACAGAUACAGAAGAAAACACUAUCCCCUAAGUGGUUUGAAGAAUUCAAAAUACCAAUCACAUCGUGGGAAGCAUCAAAUGAACUUGUUAUGGAAGUUCGUGAUAAGGACCCCAUGUUUGAUGACUCGCUUGGAGCAUGUAGCAUUGAUGUACAUGAGCUGAGAGGUGGACAGAGACAUGAUAAAUGGAUAUCACUGAAGAAUGUGAAGAAAGGAAGGAUUCACUUGGCGAUAACAGUAGAAGAUAUAUCUGAGUUGAAUCUGCAGGGGGAAAAUGUAUCAGGUUUGGAAGAAUCACUGAGGAAAGCUGAUGCUGAACUGCCACUAUCAACCUCCAUCGACAACAAGUGGGAUACUGGUGAAGUGCCUGAAGAAAAGAAAGUCUUGAUAGAUGAAGUGGAGCACAUUAGCAUUGAUGGAGAAGAACCUGGAGGGUUAUAUGUGCAUCGCCCUGGCACUGGGGUUCCCAGGACAUGGGAAUCCCGGAAAGGACGGGUACGUAGUCCCGACACACAGAUUUACCAAGAGGUUGACAAGUCAAAGGAAAUACCCACACCAAAAAGCAGUGGGCAAGGGGGUCUGUUCAACCUAGGCUCUUUUUUCCGGAAGAACUCGAGGAAGGGGAGCUCCAAAGAUCUUGAUCCCAGCCUGCCUACAACCCCGGGUUCACAGAGUGUGACGGAGCUGGAUCCGAAGCUCCCCCAAACUCCACGUCCCAAUCUGAAGGAACUUGGCGAGAAGCGGACAUCGAUAAAGAUUGUAGUCAAUGAAGAAGCAAGCCCAGCAGGCAAGGUGGGAGAUGCAGAGAACUCAACAGAAGAUGUAGCAAAGGUGAUUGAGAAAAACGCAGGUGAACCAGGCAGAUCACUGACAAGCACGUUGAGCAGGAAGGUUUCCAGGAAGAGACCGGAGGACAGGUUAGCAGAUAUCCCGGAGCAGAUUGAAGCUCAUGAAUCUGAGUUGGUCAGUGAAGGGCCUAUUCCGGUUGAAGGUAAACCAAUAGACGUCCUUCCGACAAUGGAACAUGGCAAUGGAGAUGGUGCUGCAGAAGAAGCGGUGGAAGCAAAGACUACUACUCAGGCCUCAUAAGGAUUGCAAGUUUGCAAGAUCAGCAGUUUUUGUUCUUGUAAUCUUGUUGGUGGAUUUGGUUUGCAUAUGUAGCCUUAUUUGUUGUUCAUAGUGGGUGAAGACUGAAGAACAUCAAUCUUUGAGACGGUAGCCUUGUUUUGUUGUUCAUACAAUAGUUGUGAAGAAUAACAACUUAGAAAUGGUUGUAAAAUAUAACAAAGAGAAGUAUGUUGUGCAGUUAUAGACGCUCAUGUUGUAAGAUGGAUUUGUUCGUUGGAACUUCUGUAAAGAAACAUAACCAGCAUAAUAUAUAUUCCUGACUAUACUCUGACGCGUCUUUGUAAA